AUGCCCGGUACCCAGGAUCCCGCGGAGCAGGUCAAGUUCCUCGUCUCCUGCAUCGGACACACCAACAACGGCCGUCCCGACUUUGCGGCCGUGGCCGACGAAUUGGGCAUCGUCACCAAGGCUGCCGCACAGAAGCGAUAUGAGCGCAUGCUCAAGGCCAACGGCGUCACCGCCACCAAGUCGCCUCCAAAGGCUGCCGACGAUGGAGCCAUGCCGACUCCCCAGAGCACUCCGGUCAAGCGCAAGGCUGCUGCGCCCCGUAUCCCCGGCUCUGCCAAGAAGACCAAGGGCAAGGCGGGUGAGGAGGUGAAGAAGGAGUCGUCGGGCGACGAGGACACCAAGGAGGGCGUCAAGAAGGACGAGGACUCGGAAUCCGAGCUUAGCGAUCCGCCGCCCUCCGAGGAUGCUGAGUGUUAG